CUAUCUGCAACAAAGUCAACAAGAAGAAGAAACGAGUGUUUAAUUCGUACAAACAAAGAGCCCAGGGGACUGACCUCGGGUCAGUAAGAGGAUCAUCAGUUGGAAAGCACAUGGCACCCCCGGUCUCCCACUGGAGAGAGCAGCACGAGGACUUCAUCAACACCGUCAAGAAUGCCCGGCUCACCGCCGAUGCCAUGAAGAAGGGGCUCCCCCUUCCUCCACCACCGCCCCCCACCAUUAACCCAGCUGGGUCUCCGUCAAAGGGCAAGCUGACUGCGGCUGCCCAAGCCGUCAUGGGCAUCCGAGCAGAGUCUGAUGAUCCAUCCAUGGGCCGAGUAUCAGACACGAGGGGACAACCUCCAGCGCCGUAG